GGCCCGGGACUAAGCCCCGGCCCCCGGUUUCCUGCCCACGCUCCUCCUCCGGCUUCCCCGAGCCCCCAAUAACCGGAGCCACCCGGUCCGACCCCUCGCACUCAGCGCGGCCCGAGCCCGGCGGGACUGCCCGGCGCGGCGGAGAGGCAAAGGCUUCCUAGAAGAUGGGUGACUGGGAAUUCCUGCAGAAACUGCUGGACCAAGUGCAGGAGCAUUCGACGGUGAUCGGGAAGAUCUGGCUCACCGUGCUCUUCAUCUUCCGCAUCCUCAUCCUGGGCCUGGCCGGGGAGUCGGUGUGGGGGGACGAGCAGUCGGAUUUCGUGUGUAACACCAAGCAGCCAGGCUGCACCAACGUCUGCUACGACAAAGCCUUCCCCAUCUCCCACAUCCGCUACUGGGUGCUGCAGUUCCUCUUCGUCAGCACCCCGACCCUGAUUUACCUGGGCCAUGUUGUCUAUCUCUCCCGCAAGGAGGAGAAGCUGAAGGAGAAGGAGAGCAAGCUCCGGGCUGUCCACAGCAAGGACCCCAAGAUUGAGGAGGCCCUGGCAGACCUGGAGAAGAAGAUGUCCAAGAUCUACGUGACAGAGAGCGGGCGGCUGAAGAUCCGGGGGGCGCUGAUGUGGACGUACAUCACCAGUGUCAUCUGCAAGAGCAUCUUUGAGGCCGGUUUCCUCGUGGGCCAGUGGUACCUGUAUGGCUUCUCCAUGGUGCCCCGCUACGUGUGCAAGAGGGACCCGUGCCCGCAUCAGGUGGACUGCUUCAUCUCCCGCCCCACCGAAAAGAGCAUCUUCAUCAUCUUCAUGCUGGUGAUGGGCCUGAUCUCCUUAAUCCUGAACCUCUUGGAGCUCUUCCACCUCUGCUGCAAGAACCUGCUUAGCAACAUCAAGAAGGUGUCGGAGCCAGCUGGACCGAGCCAGGACAGCUUUGUGGAUGCCAUGGUGUCGAGUCCCUACUCCCCCAAGCACUAUCCCUUCCUGCCCAUGGCCGAGAGCCACGCGCCCUCCUACCAGACCUACAACAAACUCUCCAGCGAGCAGAACUGGGCCAACUACCGCAACGAGGAGAGCCUGGCACUGGGCAGCGGCAGCAGGCCCCUGUCGGACCCCUACGCCCCCGGGGCUGCCGAAGCCUCCGCCCCGGAGGAGAAGCCGGGCAGCCGGCCCGGGAGCUCAGCCUCCAAAAAGCAAUACGUGUAGUGCCGGGCUGGCCCCGGCUGGCAGGGGGACAUCCCUGGGUCCCUUGUGCCUGCAAAGGUGCUGGCUGCGGGCAGGCAGCUGCCUCUGCCUGGUUCUGUGCUCUGCACAUUCCCCUCUGGAGGCUCCGGGGACCUGCCCGCCCUGGGAUGGGACGCUCGGGAGCACGGCCGUGGAGCGCUGCCGCCGCUCUUCCCUACAGACCCUGAAGGAAGGAAACUGCACCGAGUUCCCCGGGACGCCGUGUCCUGUGUGCCUUGCCGUGGGCAAGGGAGAAAGCCCUGGAGCCACGCCGUGGAACAGGCUGUCCCCAAGGCCGGGGCUGGAGGCUGCUGGCCACGGGGAGAUGUGGUUCAGCCAGACCCCAGAGCCUCGGCCAGCAUGGAGCCAGGAGUGCAGCCGUGGGAAGCUGCUCCUCUCCUUUCCACGGGGACUGCCGGGAAAAGCUGGGCUGGGGCAGCGCUGACUGAUCCUGGCCACCAGCCCCAUCCCAUUCCUGCAGUCCUGCACUGACUGAUCCUGGCCACCAGCCCCAUCCCAUUCCUGCAGUCCUGUGCUGACUGAUCCUGGCCACCAGCCCCAUCCCAUUCCUGCAGUCCUGCACUGACUGAUCCUGGCCACCAGCCCCAUCCCAUUCCUGCAGUCCUGCACUGACUGAUCCUGGCCACCAGCCCCAUCCCAUUCCAGCAGUCCUGGCAUCUGCCCAGAGCUCGCUGCAGAAGCUGCCCCCUCCCAUGGGACACAGAGGGGUUAAGGCAGCUCUGCUGUGACCAGCAGAUUCCAAUGGCUGCAGGGGCACUGGGGGUGACCCAGGAGUGUGAGUUCCUCCCCUCCCAGCCCUGGGCUCUUUCCCAUGGGAUGUGUGCCUUAAGUUAUUUUUAACCUGCUGGGCUGAGCAUGGAGUUUCUGCCUUAAAGGUGCAGUUUGCAGGGACUUUAGGGAGCUGUGUCCAGCCUGGCCAUGUGCCUUGGAGCCCCGUGGGGUUUAGGGAGGAAUCAGCUGAAAGUUUGAGGGUUUUGGGGUUUUUAUUACUUUGCACUAGUCGUCUCCUGCUGUGGGCUGUGGAGGGGGGGUGGGUGGAAGGACCAACUGUUGUCACAGGAGCUGUCACCCUGACUUCCCCAGCCCACUGAAUGCUGUGAGAGGGGAUUGUCCUGCUGUGGCCAGGGGGCUGCAGGUCCUGUGUGACCAAGGUGUGAGUGAGGGUGGGGUGUGGGCACCGCCCUCAGCACUGGUUCCCUUCCCCUGGCAGAUUCCACGUUGCAUCUUGUUGAAUAAAGUUGGAUGAAUGAGAAAAA